UUUUUUUUUUUAAGAAAUUACAACAAUUUAGCGAACCUUCUUUUUAUCUGCCCUAAACUUUUUGAUUCUACAUUAUUUUAGAAGCAAACAAAGCAAAGACAGCAAAAAAAAAAGCAUACAGUUCAAACACGACAGUUUUGGCUCUGAUUGUCUCAAUAUAUCCAACCAUUUGUAUUCUGAUUAAAACUCUUUCAGUCGUAUAUAAAGUGCAACAGUAUUUUUGAUUUUAAAAAAAGUGGAACGAUGAAAGGAUCAAACGUAAACAACUGCACGGUUGUGGUUUUUCAUAAUACUGAAGAGAAUAUACAGUCCACUCUCGAUUCACUGGCAUCUCAAUUUGACAAUGUAAUUGUGCAAACCAGCAAAAACCAUAUCAUCGAAGCACUGAAAAAUCAGCAACAAUAUGGAACGACAUGUACACUACUUUUAAUCGAUGCAGAAUCUUGCAAUUUGCGCAAUGACAGAGAAUGUCCAGAUCUGUUAUUGAACGUGGUUAGCCUCUUAGAAGAUAAAACUUUAACGAAUGUAGUUCCCAUUGUGUGUUCUGAAUGUGAGUCACCGCCCUUCAUGGUCAAGUGCCUGCAAGAAGGUGCUGCUGAUUACUUGCUGAAGCCAUUAUCCGAAGAUGUGAUUAAAACCCUCUUUCUGAAUGUUACUCGAUAUAAACGGAAUAGAAGCAAAAAGACGCUUGAUCAUUUGAACCAAGUGAAUCGAGUGUCAGAGCCAGAGGAUCAACACGAAGAAAACGAUACCCAUUCAAAAGGGGAAGUCUGGCUGAAAUUCAAAGAACGUCUUAAAGGUGUCUUUCAUGAGCACUGGUUGUCGAAGCUUGUUGCUGAUUAUUAUACCCCAAAGCCCAGUGUACGAAGAUCAUCUAUGUCAUCUAUGUUAAGUGACCGAAAAGAGUUUUUGAAAGCGCAAAUCUGUAGUUGGGAAUUCCUACCUCUUGAUCUUGACUUUAAAGAUUUGGUUCAAAUUGUCUUUAUGAUUCUAAAUCAAGUGUUAACGACCUUUGAUGAACUUGAGCCUCUUCGCGUGUCUGAUGCUGAUCUGUAUCACUUUAUCUUUGACAUUUGUAAUUUUUAUCAUGGUACGAAUCCUUAUCACAAUUUCAAGCAUGCUGUUGAUGUACUGCAAGCAAAUUACUACUUCUUAUGCAAAUUGGGUUUGUUGGAACCAAUGUGUUCGGAUUGCGAGCUUCUCAGCAACAACAACAGCGGCACUCAAAAUACACAAAAUCAUCAUGACGACGGCAUACCUAGUAUCCAAAAAUUGAUGAAACCACUCGAUAUUUUUGCCCUACUUAUGGCGAGUAUUGGUCAUGAUGUUGGACAUCCAGGUGUGAAUAAUAGUUUUAUGAUCAACACCUCUACGCCGCUUGCCAUCCUUUAUAACGAUAAAUCUGUACUGGAAAGCUUUCAUGCAAUGUCGUUCUAUCAUUUGAUGCAAAGCAACUGUUUUCGAAAGCUAACAGAUCUUCGUGCUAACCCUGAAUAUUCCACUUUUAGAAAGAUUGUCGUGAACAGUAUUUUGGCGACGGACAUGAGCAUGCACGAUGAAUAUGUCUCAAAAAUAAAGGAUCAAGCGGAACGACUAAGAAAAAACGAAAUUGAUUUUUCUGAUGCAAGCGUGUGCGAAAAGGAGAAAAUAUUACUAUGUGGUGCUUUGAUAAAAUGCGCGGAUAUCAGUAAUUGUGCGAGACCAUUUGAAUCCGCUAAACGGUGGGCAAAAAUACUUGCUGAAGAAUUUUUCGAACAAGGUGACCUUGAAAGAGAGUUGGGCAUGCCAGUUUUACCGAUAAACCAAAGAGGCAAGAUACCCUUAACAGAUUUCCAAAUCACAUUCAAGCGAUUUAUUGCUUUGAAACUAUUUGUUGCUGUGACUGAGGUGACUCCAGAGAUGCAAUUUACUGUGGAUCAGAUACAUGCCAAUGUGGAUAUCUGGGAGUCUAUGAAAAUGGACGAAUGUAAACAUCUCAAGCAGCAACAACAGCAGCCUCAAGAGCAGGAACAGGAACAGGAACAGCAGCAAGAACACAUGGAAAAGGAUGCUGUCACACCGAAUAACGUACCGCCAGAGCCUUCUGUUGAAGACUGAUAUUAUAGAGAUUUAUUAUUGUUAAGCAAAUUAAGCGUUACUUUUUUUCGUUUAUAUAUAUAUGUAUAUAUUCUUUAUUUCCUUACUUGUUUGAACAACUCUCAUUCUACGUACAUAAUUUCUUUAUCUUUUACCUUACAUAUACAUAUAUAUCUUUUUCUCCACCGUGCACACAUACACACACACACACACACACACACACACACACACACACACACACACACACACACACACACACA